GCCUCGGUGACAGAGAAGGAUCUGCUGACCCAGCUGUGUGGUCAGCCUGUCACUUAGCGCCCUUCUGUCGGGGCUCAAGCGAAAAGAAAGCAAGCCAAUCCAGGGGAAAAAUUACCAGACAAAGAAUGUCAGGAGACACAGAAAGGAAGAAUGAAGUCAUUCCUACAAAAGCUGUGGUCAAAGAAGACGUAUCUUCAUUAACGGAUGCUGUCGAGCAAGUCGCAAGACAACAACAGUCACAAACAUCAGAAAUAGAAAGACAUAAAACAAUUCUGUUCCAUUUGCAGAUUGAGCUUCAUCAUCUUGAAAAACAAAUAGCAACUAUUGCUGAAGAAGCUAAAGACACAGACAGGCAGAUGCACCAGCAGGACGCUGCCGUGGAGCAUUCCAGACGUCAGUGUGCGCUCUUGGAAGCUCAGACUGAGGCCUUGUAUUCAGAAAGUUUAAAACUUAAAUUUGAUACAGAAGCAGCCCAAGAAAAAUUUAAGGAACAAAUGAUAAAAUAUAAUGCAUAUUAUGUAAAAAUAAAAGCUUAUAAAGAUAAUUUAGGAGCGAUAAAAAGCCAAUGUUCAUUUAUGACUGAACUCUAUGAAAAACGAGAUCUCAUCAAAAACCUAAAGACAAUGAAAGAAGAUCUUAUGGAAAAUCUCCAAAAUUCACAGGGGAACUGCACAAUACAAUUACAGGAAGACAUUUCAGAGCUAAAGAAUAAAAUUAUGACAGUAAAAGAGUCAAUUAUUGAGAAAACAUCUUUUCUGGAAGAAGAAAAAAAGACACAUGAAAAGUUAAGAAAAGAAAUAGAGGUACAACACAAGAGAUACGAUGCAAUUCUUAAGCGUUUGCAUUGUCAGGUGAACAAGAUUCAAUUAAAUAGGAGGAAAUGGCAAUGGAACAUCCAACAACUGGAAAAAACUGCGGCUGAGUUAAAAAGGCAGAUCAGAGAGAAGGAAGCCAGUGAAAUGCAGAGCAGGCCCGCAGCACUGUGGGAGAGGGGACUGUGAAGACCCUCCCGACUCUUCACAGCCAGCGCACAGCCUCAGAGGACCGUCUCAGUGACAGACAGUUUCUUCUUCUUUUUCCUCCUCCUCUUCCUGCUUUUUCUGUUUUGAAUCUGGUAUCUGUUGGUUAAAGUGCCUUCCUGUCUAUGGUGCGUAGCACAAGGUAGACAAUAGUAGUGUUUACAGGAGGCUAGCAGGAGAGUAGAUGUGCAUGCUUCAAAUGUGCAUUCCUGAAUGCUUGUUUAUAACUGUUGAAUUCACUAUCUUACAAAUUAAAAAUUUAGAAGAAACAAUUAGAUUUUCAAUGACUUAAGUUUCUGAGAUAAAUAGUUGUCUGUUUAAGAAUUUUUUACAACUGUCUUCAAAGUAGCCCUUAAAUAUUAAUAUUCAUGAUAAUGUCAUA